AUGGCGUUUCUCGCAACCAAACAGUCUCUGUUGUUGACUCUUCUCGCCAUUGGCUUCUUGGUGGUGGCUGCAUCUGCCGGAAACUUCUACGAGAGCUUUGACAUCACUUGGGGAAACGGUCGUGCCAACAUAUACGAGAAUGGACAGCUUCUCGUUUGCACUCUUGACAAGACCUCCGGCUCAGGUUUUGUAUCCAAGAAGGAGUACUUGUAUGGUAAGAUCGACAUGAAGAUCAAGCUCGUCAAGGGAAACUCCGCUGGCACCGUCGCCGCUUACUACCUUUCGUCUAAAGGCGAGACAUGGGAUGAGAUUGACUUCGAGUUCUUGGGAAAUGUCUCAGGACAGCCUUACACUAUCCACACCAAUGUUUUCACCGGAGGUAAAGGCAACCGCGAGAUGCAGUUCCAUCUCUGGUUCGAUCCCACCGCCGAUUUCCACACUUACACCGUUCAUUGGAACCCUUUGAACAUCAUCUUCCUUGUGGAUGGGAUGCCAAUUCGGGUGUUCAAGAACAACGAGAAAAGUGGAAUAGGUUACCCUACGGGCCAACCGAUGAAGAUAUACUCAAGCCUUUGGGAAGCCGACGACUGGGCCACGCAAGGCGGUCGCGUGAAGAUCGACUGGAACAACGCACCAUUCAGCGCCUCCUACAGGAACUUCAACGACCAAAGCUCAUGCAGCAGGACAUCGAACUUGACAUGGGUGUCUUGCGACGCAAAUGAGAACUUGUGGAAGUGGACAACUCUCAAUGACCACCAGAAGGGACAGCUGAAGUGGAUCCAAGAUGAAUUCAUGAUCUACAACUAUUGUACCGAUUAUAAGAGGUUCCCUACGCCUCAGACUUACCCCAAGGAGUGUAAUCUUUAA